GCCGGCGAUCUCCAUCGCCGGAUUUUUAGUGCUGCAGAAACAAUGAAAAUGGUGGAAAUGAAGAAGGAUCGAGUGACGAGGUUAUUCAGAUUCCGACGAAUGGUGAACACCGAGAUGGAUUCUGAUGUUUUGUCGAGAAAUUCAAUGCCUGAGAUGAAGAAUUAUAAGAAGAGAUUUUCUGGGAAAAUUAGCAGCCGAUUGAUUUUCAGCGAGCAACGUUUUGGUUCCGAAGCAUGACAGAUAUUGGAUGGAGAUCUAGUAAAAAGAAAACCAGCAUAAUCUAAUUCAGAUUUAAUGGCUAGAAAUUGCGAACGAUGGUGUGGCGGCGGAAUUGAAUCUGCUAUGAUGAGUAUGCUGUCUUUCUUACACAGUUCAUUUAUUUUAAUUUUUUUGCAUUGGAUGAAUAUUUGAUGAAGUUUAUGAAAAAUGUUAGUAAAGCUAUUGCAUAAUUUCAUGGAAUUGAGAUUUUCGAUUUUUUAUAUAUAAAUUUGAAUUAUAUACAACUUUCAAGAAUCAGGAGUUCUUGGAAGAGUGCAAAUGAUUUCAGUGGGAAUUGUUAUCUUGAGCAAAACAAUUGUUGUCUCUGUAUCCUGCUAAUUCAGCUCCCAUGCCUGUAGAACACAUAAUUCUUGUAGAUAAGUAUUGCAUUGAGAGAGAAACAAUUGAUGGGUGAUUUGGAGGAAAGGCAACAGUUCACCUGAAUUCUGCCGUCAGAGGUUCCGAUUACCAAAACUUCUUCAUUUACAUCAAGAGCCAUGGUAAUGACCUUACAGUUUGUACCAGUUUGCAGUGUUUCAAUUUUAGUGUGUUUCUUUUGAUCCCAGACUUCCACAGUUCCUCCCUUGCAACCCAGGUAUAUCAGUUCUGAGCUUAUAGCCAUGGACCGAACUUCUGAUGUUGUUGUUAUUGAUCCAAUCAUACUGUAAUUGGAACAACUCCAAAUCUUUGCCCCAAAAUGAAAAUCAUUGUUAAAA